UUUUUGGAUAUGACCCUGCGAAGGAGAGUAGCGAAAUGCAAACAGCCAUUCUGUACCAGAAGAUGUCCAUGUUCCUUUCCCUGUCUUUAUAAAACACCUGACCUUUUUCUUCGGUCGCGGUCUUCCGGAGCGUCCUGCAGGAUCCGCUGCCGGCACGGUCGGUUAGAUGUCCCCGCUUCGUGUAACAUGACGACGUGUGCAAAACACAGCUCGUUCAUAACUAUCCACUCCCCCCAUUGAUCCUGCACACAACUCCCUUUCGCUACCCCUAAGCAACAUACAAAAUGCCCGUCGUCGACCUCACCGUCAACUUUCGCAUCUCAGAAUCCGCCCACCUCGGCCGUGACCUCAUCAAAGACCUCCACGCCUUCUCCGUCGAAACCCUAAAGAAACCCUCCAAGUACAUGUGUGUCAAAAUCAACGAACACGCGCUCAUGGCUUUUGACGGAACUUUUGAUCCUGCGUUUAAUCUUCAUAUCACUUGUUUGGGUGUCGAUGUGCAGCAGAACAAGGAGAUUAUUGCUGCUUACACAAAGUUUUUGAGUGAGAAAUUUGGGUUGCCUGGCGACCGUGGGUAUGUCCGUGUCGUUGACCCUGGGAGGGAGAAUAUUGGGUUCACUGGACAACCGUUUUCCGAGCUCAUGAGGUAA